CACAUUGUUGUUAGUCCUUGAAUAUAGCAUACGUUAGUUAGCUAAACCUGCUAGCAUAAGUUCAAAACAUGACUCAUAUUACUGUAAUAUCUUAGAAACAGGGCAGUUUAAAGAGCUUUGCGGUAUCGACCCAUUUGCGUUGUCUAUCUUAUCGCAUUUACUUUAUUUUUUGUUUAUUAGGUUGCUAAAUAACCCGUAGUAUUAGCAGUUAGCCAUAGCUUUGGCCUUAGCUUUAGCCUUAGCUUUAGUCAUAACAGUAACAGUGGCUGCCAUGGACACUGAAGUAAAUUAGGCGUAACUUUAAAGUUUCCUGUGAUUAUGCAAAGAUGUGAAAAAACGGGUUGUCUUAUAAUAAUAACUGGCCACGGUGGAUUUGAGAGAAUGAAGCUUUUAUAGUAAACAACAAGCUAAACUGUCAUUUCUACUGUUAGUGAAACUUCUGCUGGUCCAUACACGCAGUAAAACACUAUGGCCAGUGCUUUAGCAGCGAAAAUGGGAUUUAACUCUCUUUUGAGAAAACAGGCAAAAAACUUUAACGUUAGAAUCUGUACGAUGGAGUCAGACCUGGAGUUCAGCUGUGAGGUCAAAUUGAAAGGAAAGGAGCUUUUCGACCUUGUGUGCCGCGCUCUGGGCCUGAGGGAAACAUGGUUCUUUGGGCUUCAGUACAACGUCAAAGACACCGUGGCCUGGCUGAAGAUGGAAAAACGAGUUCUGGAUCAGGAGAUACCAAGGGAGGAGCCGAUCACUUUCCAGUUUUUAGCCAAAUUUUACCCUGAAAAUGCAGAGGAGGAGCUGGUGCAAGACAUCACACAGCAUCUCUUCUUUUUACAAGUGAAAAAGAAAAUACUUGAAGAGGAAAUCCACUGCCCCCCUGAGGCUUCGGUCCUGUUGGCUUCUUAUGCCGUCCACGCAAAGUAUGGAGACUACGACCCGAGCAUUCACAAACCUGGCUUCCUGGCUGAGGAGGAGCUGCUGCCAAAGAGGGUAAUUAACUUGUACCAGAUGACUCCAGAAAUGUGGGAGGAGAGGAUCACGGCGUGUUACGCACAGCACCGAGGCAGGACGAGGGAUGAAGCCGAGAUGGAGUAUUUAAAAAUAGCUCAGGACCUGGACAUGUAUGGCGUCAAUUACUUUUUAAUCAGGAAUAAAAAGGGAACUGAACUCCUCCUGGGAGUGGACGCCCUUGGCCUCCACAUCUACGACUUAGACAACAAACUGACUCCUAAGUGCUCCUUCCCCUGGAAUGAGAUCCGCAACAUCUCCUACAGCGACAAGGAGUUCACGAUCAAGCCUCUGGACAAGAAGGCUAAUGUUUUUAAGUUCAACUCAUCACGGUUAAGGGUCAACAAACUGAUCCUUCAGUUGUGUAUCGGAAACCACGAUUUGUUCAUGCGGAGAAGACGUGUGGACUCUUUCGAGGUCCAGCAGAUGAAAGCCCAAGCGAGAGAGGAGCGAGCCAGAAAACAGGUGGAGAGGCAGCGUUUACAGCGGGAGAAGCAGAUGAGAGAGGAGGCGGAGAGGGCCAGAGACGAGCUGGAGAGGAGGCUGCUGCAGCUACAGGACGAGGCGCAAAUGGCCAAUGAAGCACUGCUGCGUUCCGAGCAGACUGCAGACCUGCUGGCUGAAAAGGCUCAGAUCGCAGAGGAGGAGGCCAAGCUGCUGGCGGAGAAAGCCGCUGAGGCCGAGACAGAGAUGCAGAGAAUCAAAGUGAGCGCCAUCCGUGGCCGAGAGGAGCGGCGCCUCAUCGAGCAGAAGAUGAUCCAGGCCGAAAUGCUGGCGCUGCAGAUGGCUGAGGAGUCUGAGAGACGGGCCAAAGAGGCGGAGCAGUUGAAGCAGGACCUGCAGGCGGCGCGUGAGUCCGAGCGCAGAGCCAAACACAAGCUCCUGGAGAUCAUGAGUAAAGACGUCUACAUGCCCCAUGGAUUGUCAGCGGACCGCAUGCCCCCGGACCUGGACUACAGCAGAGAGAACCUCAGCUUUGAGUUUAAAGACACGGACAUGAAACGCCUCUCCAUGGAGAUCGAGAAGGAGAAAGUGGAGUACAUGGAGAAGAGUAAACACUUGCAGGAGCAGUUGAACGAGCUCAAGACGGAGAUUGAAAGUCUGAAGUUGAAAGAGCGAGAGACUCCUUUGGACAUCAUUCACAACCAGAACGCCGAGCAGGGCACCAGCAAACACAGCAACUUUAAAAAGUUAACCCUCCAGAGCACAAAGACCAGAGUGGCCUUCUUUGAGGAGCUAUGAACUCCCCCAGAACACGGCGCCUCUACAUUCCUGACGACGCCACGGGACACGAAACCACUACAAAAGUCACAUAAGUCUAUAAGUACAGGUGCACGGCGACGCUUUGUGCAGUACGAGUCUUAAUCCGUGAGUGUUUACAGUCUGUGCAGAUCUCGGCCUUAAACUGCGGAGAAUGACACAUAUAGUUUUAUAACGGGGUAACACUGUGGUGUAUAUAGUGAAUUAUAGAUUUAAACGUGCGUAUUAAGCUCGAGGGACGGGUUCAAAUGGUGUAAACUAAAAGUACUAAUGUUUUAUUUUUGCUAUGACUUUAUAAUGGGUUUGUUUGUUUUUACUUUGUAGAAAUAUUGGGUCAAGAAUUGUCCACUUUUAUGAUGGAUGGGUUUUAUUUUGGACAUCAGGCCAAAUUUAUUCUUUAAAAACUAAACUGUGAGAAAAAAGGCUUUGAUUUUUGGAUCUUUAUCUUGCUCACCAUGGAUUGGACCUGUGCCUUUUUUACACUGUCCAAUGGCCCCUGGAUCUGUUUUUCUCUUGGAAUCUGGCCCCAGUGCAGAUGUAUUAUAUAAAUUUAGGUCAAAAUGCGUGCUGUCUGCGUCUAACGAGAAAACAUUUUAUGAUCAGAUAUCCAGGAAGUGCACGUUGUUAAGAAUGCAUUAGGUUCUGUUAAAAAAAAAUCAGGUCUAGUGCCUUUAAACCGUAUUUUAAAACCUCAUUUACCACAGGCUUUGGAGAAAACUGUGUACAGUGGUCCCUCAAUUAAGUUAAGUGCUAAAAAUAACCUGCAAAAGGCAAAAUCCACAAAGUAUCGUCUUUAUUUUUUACAAUUAUUCUCUUUGUUUUUGUCUGUAAAACCCCUCACCACACACUUUAUACACUUUUCUCACACAGGCGUUAACAUUUUCUCACAUUUCUCUCUCGUUUAAACUCUCUCAAAGUUCAAACCUUCGUAGGCGUCUUUGUCGGUGCAGAACGUUUCAUCGACAUUGUGGGUUUUGUCGGGGAGAAACGUGAAACAGCGAGACCGUGAAAGGUGAACCGCGACAUGGCGAGGGACGACUGUAUUAGAACAAAACUGACGUGAUUCUGCCUUUUAAAGAUAACACGACUUUUCUGUAGUGACUUUAUCACAUUAAAGUGUUUUACAUGUAGAGUCUUUGUUCUAAACUUAUCAAAUAUCUUCUCUUCUUUAUACAUCACUUCCUUUUACCACUUCAGUCGAACGGUUUAUGGAGAAAAUUGAACGUUUAAACGCAGGACCUUUACGCCAUAUUGUGUUUAAAUAGCAAUUCAUCACCUUUAAUGGAGGUUGAUGGGCUGUGGUGAACUUAAUAAUUCAAUUUUGUGGAUAGGCUUUUUUCAUUGCGCUGCGGUGGUUAAAAGUUUAAAACAGUAUUGGACAGAAGUUUACAGCUCACAUGUGCAGACUCUGACAUGUUCCAAAUACGCCUUAAGUCUGAGGACGCCAUGUUCCGCCCUCAGAAGGAGAAGCAGAUUAAAAACCACGGGCAGAAACUGAUUCUCCACCGACACUGUGAAGUCUUUUUUCACAGGAUGUUUUUGUGAAGAGAACCACUUUUAUCCAAAACAUGAAUUUGCAUCUAUUUUGAAUUAAUUUGCUCCCUCUCCCUUUGAAAGUGCUUUAUUUGUGUGAUAUAAACAAAAAAUAUGUUUUCAGAAUUUAUACAGUUAUUAUGAAAAGUAAACCAGUAUUUAAAAUAAAAGUACAAUGUAUUAUGAUG